CUAUCUGUGCCUUUUCUUGUUUUUUCUGUGUCACUUUCAAAAUGUCGGAAAUGUGAAUUGAUUUGUGUUUAUCAACAUUGAUCGAUUUUCCUAGAAUAGAAAACUAAACAUAUUUAAGCUUAAAAUACUCACUAUUAACAUUUACUUUCAAAUUAUUAACUGUUUAAAUUUUUGUGUUAUAUGCCUAAUAUAAUUCAUUUCAUUUGAUUAUAUUAUCUACGACACAUUUUAUGAUACCAUCUAUUUUUUUAAAUCGAUUGUGACUGUGGAAAAGUCAUAUAAUUAAUGUAGUAAUUAUUUACAAUUUACUGUCGAGACAUUAAAAAUCAAAAUAGUAAACCGCAUCGUAAUCUUGGUUACGGAAUAAGUAGUAAAGUGAAAAAUCAAUAGGACCUGCAUUAGGGGCUGUUGCUAGGUUUUUCACGUUGUGCAGUAAACAUUCAAUUUGAAUGUAGAAUGAUAUCAGCGUAAUAAUAUUAUGGAGGGUAUUUUAUCACAACGAAUGACUCCCAUAAUAAAAUGUAUUGUUUUGUUUCUGUUCAUAUUUACCGCGAAAGUACUUACUUCCCGGCCUCAAGAAUCCCACGACUCGAGAAACGGCAUUCACCAAUUGAAACCUUCUCAUUACGUCCGAACGUUCACUAAAUAUCAUCACAGAAGGACAAUACAAUGGAAUAACAAUCAUGAUUUCAAUUACUGGCCAACACAAGAUCACGUCAAAACAGUAGGAAAAAGAAGUUUGGACAUUCCAAAUACAAGUGAUUUUAUCAGUCACUACUGGCCACAAAAAAAGAUAUUUAUCGAUGAAACUUCUAAAAUAGAAUCUUGGCCGGUUGAACAUCAAAAAGUACUGAGAAAAAGAAGUGUAGACGUUCCAAUUUCGAACAUUUUAAGUGAUUCAGAAAACUGGCCAAAUGCAGAAAAAAAGAGUUUAAAACUUUUGAGUUCCAGUGAGUUUGUUGGCGAUUCUGCUGAUGUGUCCAAUUUAAAUGAGUUUUCUUCUAACUCUAUGGCUAUAGUUGGUUCGUUUGAUAAAACUGCCAUAAGUUCAAGUAAAGAUAAUUACAGUAACAAGAAUGGUUUAUCGAAUGAGGUGAAAAAGACUAAAGUAAAAGCGGCUAUUGUAAUAACAGACCCUCCAGUGACCGUUGGACCUUCCAUAUCUUGUUUGUUUAAGAUACGCAGUGUUUCCAAAAGUGUCACUCCGUCAUAUACUGAUGAAAGGAAUGCUCAGCCCAUGGUGGAAAAUGAUAGUUAUGUAAAUGGCCCAAUAUCGGAGACUACACUCCCCAAUGGCGACACAGUGCAAGUGGAGCAGUGUAUGCACCCGCGGCCCUCCUGCUACACUCUAUGGUAUAGGGGCCAAGAAGGGAACAUCACUAUACUGGGGCAAGGUUGUUGGCAUUCGUCUCAGAUGCAAGGCAAGAACUCCUGUGACAAAUGUACACCGGUCAACGGCCUCAUGCCCGGCUCCAAGUUCUGCUGCUGCACCAAGAGCUUCUGUAAUGCUGAUUUCUUGUCGCUCAAGGAGGAAACGGUGACUAUGAAGGCAGAAUCCACAAUGGAUACGGUCCAACACCCAAACUACUCCAACGUGGCGGCCUCAGGGAUCCUGGUACUGGUGGCCCUCCUCGUCAUGGGGGUCGUUCUCAACAAGUACUGCAGACGAGUGCAGUUGGAGAAACACGAGUUGAGCGACGGGAUGGAUGUCGAGAAAGGAGAUGUAAUGGGCACUGGUCCGGACGCUCUGGCUACUGGGUUGCUUUGUGUGGACAACUUGACUCUUAUUGAGCACAUAGGACAAGGCAAGUUCGGCUCUGUGUGGCGAGGCAGCCUCGGCUCCUCACCGGUGGCGGUGAAGCUUUACUCUAAUGCCAACGCGUGGCAGAGAGAGGCAGCGAUAUACGCGCUGCCGCAUCUAGCUCACCCCAACAUACUUCGGUACUACGGCCGCGAGAGCCGCGCGCGGUCGCGGCUGGUGGUGCUGGAGCUGUGCGCGGGCCCGCUGCGCCGCCGCCUGCAGCGCGCGCCGCUCUCCUGGGCCGAGUUCGCUGCGCUCGCGCACGGGCUGGCCGCCGCGCUCGCGCACCUGCACACGCCUACGCCGACAAAACCGUGCGUAGUUCACCGCGAUGUCAACAGCAACAAUGUGCUGAUCUCCUUCGAUGGUCAGGCUCGCCUGGCGGACUUGGGUCUUGCCCAGGUUUUGCACCCCAGAAGGGACCGCGCUACACCCAGUAGAAUUACCGAGGCGGGUACGCUGCGCUACCUGUCGCCGGAGGCGCUGGAGGUCGCUCUGGACCUGUGCGGCGCUCGUGCUGCCCUCUGCGCCGUGGACGUGUUCGCGCUCGCGCUCGUGCUGUGGGAGAUGCUGUGGCGCACGGCGGGUGCACACCGCGGGCCGCCGCCGCCCUACCGCGCGCCCUACGACACGCUCGGCCUGCCGCCCGCGCCCACGCUGCACCAGCUGCAGAGUCUAGUAUCCCGCAAUAAAGCGCGUCCGCCGCUGCCGCGCGGACCGGUGCCCGAAGCGAGAGCUCUCAAAAUCGCCACCGACACGUGCGACGAAUGCUGGGAUCACGACGCAGAAGCCAGGUUGACGGCCGUGUGCGUGGAAGAGCGUAUGGCUGAGUUGAAGCAGAUGCUACAAACUCAGGGGCCCGUCAUACACGACAACAAUUUGCAUCCGCAUCCGCCAGAUGCAAGCAAUCCCCACCCGGAACCAGACAAGAACUCCAACUGUACAACAAGCCAGCCGAACCAGCAAUCCUGUGACGUCACCACCCCCCUACUAUACCCCCAACCACACAUCGGCCGCAACGCGUGCAUAGAACGCAACACGCACACAAACACACAGACACACACCGUCGAGCUCAUACAUAAAAGCCUCAAAGACAUCACCGCUCCGGUAGAUGGCUUUAGGGUGCAGAACGUCGAAGAAAACUGCUUGUCUGUAGCCAGAACGAAUCCGAGACAAAUACAGGAGAAUUCUGAACGGCUAAACGAGAUCAGGUCCUACCAGAGGCCGCUGGAUUAUGUUCAAAAUGACGUCAGCUCCCACGAAGACAGAGGUCCCAAGCAAACGAAUCUACUCCAAGAUGUCAAAGUGGAAAAACCCAAGUGGGGCAUCAGAAAGUUCUUCGAACGACUCAACAAGAACAACAAACUCGAGACAGAAGUAAAAUUAGUACCUGAAUCGUGUGCCGUACAGAACGGUAAGGUCAAAACGUCCCUAAUCGACAAACCUAGCAACAUAAACUUUGAUAGACCAUCCAAUUUGACCUUGAGCCAGGACAAUUACAAUUUCGAGGAACCGUGUACACUGUCGCCACCCAACAGAACACUGUCCCCAACAAUGAUGCUCGAAUCUGAAUUGAACAGAGAAAACAAAGUAUUCGGCUUCAAAGAAAUACCAAUCGAAAACGACAAUAAGGCUCCGAACCAGAUAUUUGCCGUCAUAGUUCCUAAAGCGAAACCCUCAGAUUUCACCGACAUUCGCAGCAAGUCUAGAGGAAGUUCAGAAAGUAUCAACAAGUUUAGAUCAUCAACGUCCUCGCAAUCCAUAUUCAAGUCGGCAAACUCAGAGUCCGAGGACUCCACAGUGAAGAAACGGCUGAGUUGUGAUAACAAAAUUAUCACCAACUCAAAUAGCGGUAGCUCUUCCAGGGCUAGUAUUAAUCUGGAAUUGCAAUAUAUAAAUACUCAAGCCGAUUACAACCAUAGUCCAUUCGAUAUGAACUCAGAAUGUUCUAGCAGCGAAGACGAGCACCUCAUGCUAUUAUCCGAGAACGGAGGCUCGAAAAUAACCAUGCAAACGGUAAAAUUGGAGCCGGACAAGAAGAAAUACCAGAACGAAGUGCUAAAGGAGUCGAGUCAAGUGACUGACUUUGGUUUCAACAAAUACCAAAAUAAGUACACAAAUUUCGAAAACGAAUUCAGCGAUCCAAACGAUAAGGAGAACCUAGUGAACGGAUACAGCGGUGACAACCCUGUAUACUUGGCUGCUCUGAACGGGGAAAUUGACACGUCAGAACUCAAGUUUUUGGGUACAGACGUGGAAAAGAGCCCGAAGUCUCCGAAGCCUUCAUUGAAGAAUUUGUCUAUAAAACGGCAGCAUUCUUUGGAGCAGGUGAGUGAGAUAUUCUCCUCGUCGUGCGAUGUGACCCUUCAGAACCCAGCUGGGAGGGUGAACCCCGGGGACCUUCCAGCGGCAGUGCGGAAGGCGAGGAGGGACCGCGCUCUUCAAAAAGGUAGGGCCAGUGAAUGUAAUAGGUUAAGUUUGUAUGACGAUAGAAUGAUGUUUGGAAACAGCUUGUGAAUUAUGUUUGUAUGAAUUAAAAUAUGUAUGUGAAGGUAGUCUUGAGUGCAUUAGCAAAAUUAAAUUUUUAAAAAGGUUAUUACACCUUCUUUAAAAAAAUAAUCAUUUAGUAACAGUUGGCUACAGCUUUGCACGUGUAUUGUGUUUACCCUUGAAUUUGAAAUUUUACAAAAUCCAUCCUUAGUGGCUGCUUAAGUUAUAAAAUAAACUUAAGUUCCAAAUUUCAGCUUUCUAGACUUAAUAGUUUUGGUAUUUCUUGUGUGGGUAUAGUCAAUCCCAGUUUUGCAUGCACCAAGGCUGUCAUACACUCUGCAAUCCCAGUGGAAUAUGUACAAAAUACGAAUGUACAAUUUAAUUUGAAAUAAGAACUAUUUUAUUCUUAAUUUGAAAAUUUUCUUUUCUAAUUGUAAAAUAUGUGUUUUCAACCAGUGUCUUAAUUGAUAUUAGAUGAUAUAAAUUGUUCAAACGAAGGACAAAAAUCUUUAAUUUUUUUUUUAUCGAUAGGAUAUUUUCUUAUUGUAUUAAAAUCAAUUAAAGAAUUUAUGUGUGCAUGUAGGAAAGUCGUUAGAUUUUAAAUUGUGACAAAUAUGGUAUUGAAAAGUAUAUUAUUUCUUAAUGUUAACUUAUGUGGUGUCCCACACAAGCGAUUAAAUGUAAUACUAAUAAUAUAGCUGAGCUAUUUAAAAAUAUAUAAACACUAUUAUUGUAUAUAACAACUAACAUAUUGUAAUGAUAUAUAUAUAUAUAUAUAUAUAUAAGAAUCUCUUUACUUACCUACAUUCCUCGUUCCGCGAACAAAUUGACAAACAUUAUAGUUUUAAUGUUAAUAUAAUAAAUACUAAGUUGUAAUUUUAUUAAAAUACUAUUGUUAUGUAAUAACUACACUGAGUCAUACUACUUUCUUGUGUUGUCUUUUCUCGUGUGUACAUUUUGGGAUUGUUCAAUUACUUGCACAGUUGAUGGGAGGGUUACACUAAUAUUUUGGCUAUAUUAUGUUUCAGUAGGACUUAAAAUAUAAAACGAUUAUUAUAUCGAAUGAAUAAAAAUCGAUUUGUGUAUAGCAUAAAAUAGCGCAACGAUGUCGUUGUAUCGCUUAUUAUAUUAAAGCGCCGAGGUGGGACAUCUACUAGCUAUGCUAGCGACCUCUGUGGCGCAAUAGUGCAAACUGACAUGAAAUAUUCAUGGAAUAGCGACAUCUGUUUUUAUUUUUGGUUAGUUGGUUUAAAUAAUUGUUACAAAAUGCCACUUCAAACAUUUGUUUUAUGAAACAAGAGUCAUUAUUAUUGCAUUUAGAUGUAAUUAUAUAUUAUUACUAAUGUGAGAGUACUAAUUAGUUUAAAUAUUAGGAAUGGACAAUAUAUGCCAAUAUCUAUAUAUUGUAGUUAUAAUAUCUAUAUAUCGGAGUAUUAGCCCAUCGUGAUGAAUUGGAAUUCACUUGGAAUUCAGCACGAUAGUUUCCAGAGGGGACCACGUGGAGGUCGACCUGUUUGGGUAUAUUACCAGCAAUGCGACCCAUAAUUUCCAUUAUUAACAAUCCUUAAAAAACCGCAUGUGCAUUAGCGUGCACAAACGUACAGACAAACAGAAAAAUUCUAAAAAUCAUUGUUUUGGAUACUAUUGCGCUCAUGAAGGCCCCCUAUAAUAGUUUUUCUUAUAUAUCUUCCAUGUACAGACAGCGACCAGUUACGAUUUUAUUGUAUAUAUUGAAUAAACCAGUAUAUAAAUAUAGUAACUGAAAUAUAUAUAUAUUGCUAUAUAUUACCCAUACCUAGUAUCAUAUCCAUGUACAAUAUAUGGAUUUAUUUUGUAUAGCUCACACCAUUUAAUGUGUAUUCCCUUAAAUUCAUUAUAUAAAACGAUCAUUGAUAUUCGUAUAUCGAUACAGUCGAAUAAGUAUAUGUGUUUUAAAUUAGGAAUUAAAAAAAAAUUGUUUAUGCUGCGUACAGGUAACUAAGAACAAGGAAUUACAUAGAAGGAAUGUUAAAAUAAAAACUGUAAAUAAUAUAGUUGCUUCCUUUUUUCUUAUGCAGAUAUAAUUAGUAAAAAGAGGACGAAAGAUACACCGUCAGUUGCAGAUUUCUCAGUUCAAAGCAGACUAGUGUAUGGAUGUUAUACGGCCGUAUAACCCUACCAAAUUCAGAUACAACCCGCUUGCAUACUUUCUACAUAAUCUGUGUCGAAUAUAUAAUCUAGUAAUGUAAAAUUUGUCAUUGACAAAUAAUUGACAUAUCAAACAUUUUCUAUACACUAGCCUGCUAUGAAUUGAGAAAAAUAGCAACUGAUGUUGUAUCUUUCGUCCUCUUUUUACUAAUUAUGUCUGAUUAAGAAGAAAAGAGACAACCAUAUGAUUUAUAGUUUUUAUUGUAUCAUUCCUUCUAUGUAAUUCCUUGUUCUUAGACAGGUAGUAAGGUAAAUAUCUAUCUUCUCAAGUAAAUAUAAAUGUACAGUAUUUUAAAUUGCGUCUAAUAUUAGAAAUGUGAAAGUGAGUUCGUUUGUUACCUCAUAGCGCCUAAACGGUUUAACCAAUUACUAUGUAAUUUAGUAUAUACGUACUUUAUGGGAUAAAGUACGUACUAAAAAUACCAAAAGACUACAGCAUGGGGUUCUUCUAAAGAGAGUGAAGAGGUUUCUGCAGAGUCGGCGACGCUUGCGUAAUACCCCUGGUAUUGCAGGCGUUCAUAGGCUACGGUAACAAGCUGACGGCCCACCUGAUGGAAAGUGGUAACCGUCGCCUAUAGACAUGAGCAGUACCAUGGACAUAACAGAGUAUACUGUUUCGCCCAUGAUACCCCUCAUGCGUUGCCAUUCCUGAGGACUCGAGUGUUAUUCCUCUGUACCCAGUAAAUUCACGCCAUAUCCCACCCUUCACACCGAAACACAGCCAUGCAAACACAACUGCUUCACGGUUGAAACACGAAUGGGACAGAGGUGCCCAAGUAAUCAACUUUUGUACAAAGUCUCCCUCUGGUCCGACCGGACCGGACCGGAGACAAUGGUGCAGCUGCUUAUCAGCGACAACACUUUUGUCUCCGGUCACCGCUGUCUGACAUCAUAAGCCUAUGCCUCUGAUCUGCCCACUCUCUACUUUGAUAUCAUUCGUUAACUGUUCAUUACUAAGCAUACGGCUCGCCUUAGGAGUUCUGCCAAUAGUUGCCACGCUUGGAGACGGGUUGGCAACCACAGUGAGUCUUUGAUGGUGUUUUAAGAUGGACGCUGCUGCCUAUCCCUCGAGCAUUCAUCAUUUCAGCCAUUAUCCGUCCACUGCUGGACAUAGAUCUCCCCCAUAGACUGCCAUAAGGAACGGUCCUGAGCCACCUGCAUCCACUGACUUCCCCCCUCGACUAUUAGUUAUUUAUUAUUGGAUUUAAGCCUCAAACUCGUGUGCAUGACAGGGAUAAAUGGUAUACUGUGUCCCCCUCCAUCCCAUAUAGAACGUGCAUACCAAAUUGCAUGGUGAUUGGAUGAGGCGUUAAGGCGCUAUAAGGGAAGAAACAACCUCACCUUCACCUUUAUAAUAACAGUAAGGACUUUCUCAUGUAAAUUACUUUUUUGUCAAAACUCUGCUAUUUCUUAAUUCUCUUCAUACAAGGCAAUAGCACAGUCUAGAGAACAGCGGGUCUACCAUGAAAUGAAAUUCCGAAAUUCCGGACUCAAUUUCGUGUUUUUGUUUAUACCAAAAUGGGAUCAAUAAAUGGAGUUUAAUAUUUCGUUUAUCAUACAUCCUAUCAUAAAAGUCCAAAGGAACAAUAUUUUAACAUUUUUAAUAUUUCCAAACGGCAUGUAUUAUGUAAUUUAAACAUCAAAUUUGUGUUUCGUUUGGCUCCGAAAUUUCGAAAAAAAAAAAACCUUAUGGUAGGCCCUCUGUUCUACCGAUCGUCCAACAAACAUCUAGAAUUCUAGACGGAGCAGUACGUACCAAAUUGUUAUAUCAUCGUUCGGGACGUACCCCUCACCAGGGCCAUCUUUCACCUAUUAGAGGCCCUGGAUACAUUGGGAUAAUGGGGCCCCUAUGACCAUAGUAUUAAAGCAUAGGUUAUCGUUUGAUUAUGGAGUAGGCACUAGACUAGGGGGCCCCAAUCCAUCCCAGGGCCCCGGCACGUGCCCAGUUUGCCCAGUAGAAAGAGGGGCCUGCCCCCCACUGGUUGUUUUAUACCCUGUACGCAGUAUUAUUACCUCAGACGCGUUUUAUUGCUGUUUUUACACGAUUGCCCAAAAAAAAGGAGUGUAGUGUUUUCAGAGUUUAAUUAUAUAUGUUUAUGGGUUUUCUUUUAUUUCGCCAUAACUUCUAAACGUCUGAAUCGUUUAGGAUGUAUGAGAUACCAUUAAAGUCGCUGGUUAUUUGAUUAAGAUUAUUUUGUUUAAUUCCGCCACCAUUAGUAUGCGUGUAACUGCCAACACUCGAAGAUUGACCACCAUUAUUACUACCAGAAGUUCCACAACCUUCCAUAUUAGCUAUCAAUCUCCGACUGCCAUUUCGUCCACGCGCGUUUUGCGACGCGUGUUUCACCUGUAAACGAGGCAUCUUCAGGCAAAUUAUUAGAUCGCUAUUCAAAGCCUUGUUAAAUGUUAACCUUUCGGCGUCCAAAUUGUAAAACCGUUAGAAUGCAUACAUCGUAAUUUUUAAAGAGUUCUUUUUUUGGCGGGGCAAUCGUGUUUAUUAAUUUGCGGAGCAAAAUGUCCUUGUUAUUGUCGAUAAAUCGAUGUCUUGUUUAAAGACGUUUAAUAUAGUUUAUUGUGUUUUAAAAGUGUACCGUUGAUUUUAUAUUAUGGUCCGUCGCAUGCUAAAACCACAUAGAGAUUUAUCCCCUUAUUCAUAGAAACUGAAACGUCGUACAAAAAUAUUAACAAUCACCUUCAAAAAGUACGCAAUUCGGUUGUUUUUUUUUAAGUUUCUUACUUGGUCUGGGUAAUGUAUAGCAAUAUGUAUAUAUUUUAGUUACAAUGUCUAUAUACUGGUCCAAUAAUGAAUACAUUAAAAGUCUUUUAAUUGUCUAGACUUUUAACAUAUUCGAAAAUAUAUAUCCGACCGAUAUGGGCGAUAUCGAAAUGGGUGAUGACCAUUUUACCGCCAUCAAUGUCCAGAGAAACCCAAUAUAUAGAUAUCGGAUCGGUAUUACCCAUACCUGUUAUCUCGUAGCACCGUUAGUUUUAUAUAUAUAUAUAUAUAUAUAUAUAUAUAUAUAUAUAUAUAUAUAUCGACAUCGCUAGCGAGUCCGUGAGACAGAAGAAUAGCAACGUCGGAUGACUCAUUCCAACUCACGGACUCGCUAACGAUGUCGAUUCUAUCGACGAAUUCGCUUGCCACUUGUCUAGAGGCCCAGGUAUGUACUUGUAACUAAUACAGUGCUAAAUUUAUUGGUAUCCUCUAUAAGUUACUAAGCCAUUCGUGUUUCAACCGUGAAGCAGUUGUGUUUGCAUGGCUGUGUUUCGAUUUGAAGGGUGGGAUAUGGCGUGAAUUUACUGAGUACAGAGGAAUAACACCCGAGUCCUCAGGAAUGGCAACGCAUGGGGGGUAUCAUGAGCAAAACAGUAUACUCUAUUAUGUCCACGGUACUGCUCAUGUCUAUAGGCGACGGUUACCACUUUUCAUCAGGUGGGCCGUCAACUUGUUUGCCAUUCUAAGUUGUAUAAAAAAAAAAUCUAAGCUGGAGUGCAAAGGGUUUCUUACGUAGGACGUACGUUCUAUAUUUUAGCUUUAUUUUCUGAUACUAAACUAAUAUACAAUUCAGUAUUUGUAUUCCUUGUUCACAAUUCUUUUUGUAAACGAUUAGUACAAAAAUUUAGUACCAUUUUAAUUUUGUAACGAUGGAGACUACCAUUUUUCUUUGCAGAGCAACAAAAGCACUUUUUUUUUAUAUCUAUAUAAGUGGUCACGCAAUAUUUAGGUACAAUGCCUGUCUAUACAACAUCUCAAUUCAUAGUCAUCUCAUACUAUUUUUAUAUUGAUCCGUGUGUGGCGCUAGUGUGCGAUGGCCCUACAGAUUGUGAUUAUUUAUUUGUAAAUAGAUCGUUCCUAUCCAUCAGCCAUGUUGAAUUUAUUUUUGUUAUGUUUAGUAACAGGUUUUAUGUUAAUGAUUAUGUGAUACAUUGAAAUAAAUUUAAUUACGACACAUU